UAUGAACCAGCAGUAUUAUCCGACUCAGUCGCAGCCAGAUGAAAAGAUCCAUUCUGUAGUUUAUAUUGACUAGUACUAGCAGUAGUAUGUGACGUAGUCUCAGUCAGAUUGAAAGGUCCAUUUAGUUGAUAUUGAUUUGUACCCAAAGAAUGUGAAUUUGAUCUAUCGGCAGGUAUAUGGCAACUGGGGAGUCUUUCAGAUCUCUUAGAUUUGCUUUUAGAAUCUCCCACAGUUACAUAAGUGUAAUCAUCCGAGAAACUUUAUCAGCAAUAUGUAAACAAUUGGUGCCCAUUUUUAUUCCAACGCCAACAAAGGAAGCAUUGACCAAAAAAGCUGAAGAAUUUUGGGAACGAUGGGAUUUUCCGAACUGUAUUGGAGCCUUGGAUGGCAAGCAUGUUAGAAUAUUUGCUCCAGCAAAAUCUGGAUCUUUAUACUUUAAUUAUAAAGAAUACUUUUCCAUUGUUAUGCUUGCUUUAGUUGAUGCAAAUUGUAAGUUUAUUGCUUUAGAUGUAGGGUCGUACGGAAAAGAAGGUGACAGCUCAAUAUUUAAUAAAUCGGCUCUUGGAAAAAAAGUAAUGCACUUUCAGAAUUUUUUUCCGGCAGAUCAAAAAUUGCCUAAAUCAAAUAAAGUAUUGCCGCAUGUAAUUAUCGGAGAUGAGGCGUUUCGUUUGGAUAAACACUUAAUGAAACCGUUCACUAAAUUGGCAGCCACUGCUGAUAAAUCAAAAGCCAUUUUUAAUUACCGUUUGAGUAGGGCAAGAAGAGUGAGUGAAAAUGCUUUUGGUUUGCUAUCUCAGGUGUUCAGAGUGUUUUAUACUCCUAUAGCUGUAAAACCAGAGGUAUGUGAUGACUUGAUAUUAGCCGCCUGUUGUUUACAUAAUUUAUUGCGAGAAGCAUAUUUGGAAAGAAAAGGGGUUCCCUACUAUGAAUAUGAUUCAAAAGAAGAAAACUCGAAUGUUUUUCGGAAUCUUACAGGAGCGGGGGGAUAUCAAAACGUUGAAGGGUUCCAUGUGAGAGAUGAGUUUAUGAGGUUUUUCUCACAGGAAGGGAUUGUCGAAUGGCAAAAUCAGCAGGUUUCGAAAGUAUAAGACAAUCUGUACAUGUCAGCAAUCCAUUAUUAUGAUAUUACAACCUUAUACUGAUUUCAAUGUAUAUUGUUAUUAUAAACAGGGAUCACAAGAAAAACCUAAUAAAAAAUGUUUACAUGAAAAUUUGUUUUUUUAUAAAAAUUCCUAGAAUAAAAUGAGUUUCAAAAUAGAACAAAUAAAUACGCGGUACAUGGUGUUCCCAACUAGAGUGUAUUCAAUUUCAAUCAAAGUAGGACGUAAACAAGCGAUAUCGGAUGAUUGCAGCAUGCCGUGACGGCAUGGCCAUGUAUUAUUGGUUGGCAAGCAAUAAAUGCCCUCUAUCAGGCCAAAAUCCAA